AUGAGCGAUCGUGGCACUCUCGCACGAGUGCGCAGCAGCGAUCUCGGUCCUAUGCUCGGUGGCAGGUGCACUGACGACAGACUUACUCCAUCGAAUGGCUUUGACACGCAGAGCUGUCCUGAGGGCCAGCAAGUCGAACACGUGCUGCAGAAGCCCGUGCCAAUGGCAGCCGAGGCAAAUCACCAAGAUCAUGGCGGAGAGCUGGUGGCAGUCGAGCGCCUCGGUCCUGACUGUCAAAUCACCCACAAGCCGACAUACAACAGCUGCAAGGUCAAGCACUUCGAUCAUAUCGAGAGCUCCUACGCCAAUACCACCUCAUCUGACGAGCCGACCUACGGUAUCCACGGCGCGGCGGCUCAUCAAAUUGCCAUCAUGUCGGGGUUGUCAUCAUUGUCAUCUCAUUCGCCUUCACUGGAUCGUCUGAGCUCAGGAACCCCGAUCGAUGCGCCGGGAGCUGUCACGUCAACCGACAGACCGCGAGCAAGCAAGCGACCUAGAACUUUCUCCAUAUUCGACAAGACCGCUGCUACUAUGGGCGAUCAUCGUCAUCUUGCCUCUCUCCUCAAUCCGAGCAUCCGCCGUAGAGCAACUUCGGCCAGCUCCUCAAUGCCUUCGCAUCUCAUGGAAACGCUUUCAAGUGAGCACGUCAACGGUCCCAGCUUCAGAGACGAGGACCGUGCCGCUGGUCUGUCCGCGGGAACAACGAGAGAGCGUUGGUGCUCUGCAGUGCCAGACGUACCCAUCCCGCAAGAUUUCCCCGGCUCAGACCUUUUGCGCGCUGUGACGGAGCAUGCAGGCCAACAUUAUAGAGAGCAAGAUCUCAUGACCUCCCUUGCACCGCUCGGCAAAUCGCGCCAGCCAGUAAAGGUGCUGCGCGAUCGAGAGAUUUGGAUGACGAACGCGCUCGACGGCAGCGCUCUCAUCGCGCUAGGCAUGCUUGCACAAGAGCUCGCAGCUUACAAGGCAGCAGAGAUUGUCGGCUCGCCAUACGAGCAAUACAGCGAGCGUAGGUCAUCACGACGAUAGCACUGCUUUCCUCGCUCGAGCCAUGGCAGCUCCGUAGCCCAGCACUAGACACGGGCAGGGCGAUAGUGGAGGUACCGAUAUGCAGCACCGCCAGUUGCGUCGUCGACUUUGACGCGAAAGCCUUUCAGCCGGCGUACUGCGGACCACGGCACGCGAUCAGCGCAGCUCGCGCGUCACGAUGGUCACCCACAGCAGUCGCGUGAUGUCAAUGGCGAUUUAUCAUCGUCCGAAUCGUAGAAUGCCCCUACCGCAGGAUCGGU